AUGAGCAGUCAUGUUUCUGAGAAUCUCAUGAAAAAGCUGCGGUGCUAUUUUUCUGACGUUCGGUUCCAUAAAGUCCCUAACGGUGCCGACGAGACACAACAAUAUGUCAAGCUUAAAAACAAGCUGCUAGCGAUCGGCAAAGAGGGUCAACUGCUGAAAGAAAAACGAAAGUUUCUGUUUUCUGCGCAUCAUCUUGCCGGCUUCCUUGACUUUGCUGGCGAAUCUGCAAAUCUAGAAAGGAAGCAAGCUCUGGACCUCAUUCAUCUAUCCAGGAGCGGGUUAUCCAGAAUAGAGGACAUCGAAGCGCAUGUUGCAAGAUUUGUUGGCAGCGUGGAUUCAUUUCAAGUUUUGAAAUCCUUUGUCAUUCCUGUCAUAUCGUCCUGCUUUAUACUGCAUCAAUACCCUCCUGGGAUGCAUUCGGCUGAAGCUCACAAACGACUGAUGGGAAGGUUUUCUGGCCACUGGUCGAAGCUGCGGUCACAUGAAACUUGCUUUAGCUGUGUUGCACGCAGGCCUCAGUUUGGUCUUUCCUGCGGACAUUCCGUUUGCGAAAACUGCGUAAAAGUUUUUGGGAACAAAAACGACUUGGAUCCGUGGGUCUACCAUGUCAAUCAAUGUUUCAUAUGUGGGGCUGGUGUCGGAAGUCUGGCAAUUCGGGUGCGACCCGAAAAUGCUAGUAUACGUGUUCUAAGCAUUGACGGAGGAGGCGUGAGAGGUGUCGCUCCGUUACAGUUCUUGCGGACACUGCAAGACCAGCUGCGGCUCCCCAACUACCCAAUCCAGCGCCACUUUGACCUGAUCUACGGCACUAGCUCCGGAGCGAUCACGACGGCGGGCCUCGUCAUGAAUGGAUGGGACAUUGAGAAAUGUCUGGCAACCUUCAAGCAGCUGUCUCAUACGGCAUUCCAGCGACGAGCAAGCCUCAAAAUACCACUCAUCUCCGCCGUCUUGCAAUUCCUAAUAUCUAUAAUAUGUGACGGCCGAUACCCCCCUAAGAAUCUCGAGUCUGUGCUCCAGAGGGUGUUUGGGAGGAAAUGCAUUUUGGACAGUUCGGUCGAGAGCGAGAUGGGAAUCCUCGCCGGAAUCAUCGUCACAAGCAUCAAAGACACCAGCGCGUCUGUUUUCACCAAUUACAACGCUGUUGGCAAUCGCAAGAAUCACUGCGACUACAGUGUGAUGACAACUGACCCUGCCGCCCGCCCUCUUUUAUGGGAGAUGGCAUUUUGGAAGCUUGGCGACUCCGACAGGGCUUGGAAGCAGUUACUCAGUCAACAGACCAUCGAAAACUCCAAGAGUGGCUUUUUUCGAUUUGACGUGAAGUUUCCUGGUGCAGAACCCCAUUUGGACGAUCUUUCGAAAAUGGAAGAAAUAGAGGAGGCAGCCCAAGAAACGAUGUUACAAUCUCCAGAGCUGAACGACUUGGUCUCUCGCAUCCGUGCCGAGCUCUUCGUCUUCACGCUAGAUGGAGAUGCCAUCCCAUAUCGAGCGGAUAACCAGUAUGAAUGCACAGGUAGCAUAUCCUGCCGAUUGCGGGCUAAUACGGCCGCGUUCGAUGCGCUGAUGACCCAGUUGAAUGGAGAAGCUGCUUUUCUGCAAAUCAACAAUGUCACACUACCGGGUGAUUUUUGGAAUGGCUCUUGCAGCGAUGCCAACGGUAAUUUCUGUACGCAUGUGAAGAUUCGGGUCUCCAGAUUGGACGAGCCUUUCCAACUUUGCUUACAUGAAGGCUCAGGGGGAGGAUGCCACAUAAGUGGCUCGCCAUUCACGAUUCAAAAAUUGGCUGAAGACCAGAAAUUAGGUGCAAGAUUUGGAACAAUCGACCACCGUAGAAGCGUGACAGAGGAUUCAAAUGAGGGCCGUCGUAAACGCCAACGAAUCAAGCACACAGUGCAGUACUUCUAUCCCGACAAGGGAUCCUCGUCUAACACUAGCUGCUAUGUUUGGACCACAGAAUAUAGAAAGUCUAGGCGGAAGUCCGAACGACAUGAGCCAGCACUGACUACGAAACAGACCUCAAGGCCUAGAAUCCAUGACAAACACACAAUGGAUGAGAUCAGAGUACAGAAUGAUUUAAUCCACAAACGACCGUGCACACGCUCCAAAAAGCCAGUUGUCAAAACUGUGAGGUUCCAGCUCCCGGCAGAUUAUCGAGCUAAGGUUAGGAGGCGGUACGAGAAAGAUUAG